CAUACAUAUAUACUACUACGUAGUAUCACUGGCAUUCUGUUAUAGCCGCAGCGCUUCAGGUAUUCGUCACGGCAGGGGCAAUUCUAGGAGAUAUUCUCAUGUUUAGACAGACAGCAGAACGAGCAAGCGUACCGAGAUCUCUAUAGAUAAGGAACCUGAAUUACUCAAGGGCCUCUAACAGCCAUCGUGGAUUUCCAAGUCUAUAUUCGCAAGGAAAUGUUUCGCCUAUAUAUCUGUAGAAUUCUCGAUCUCUGACGCUUUCUAAUCGACGCUCGUAUUAACAGUGAUCGUCAGGUUCUCGACCAGGGCCUGGUUGACCAGGGUGCCUAUGAAUGCAUAUUUCAGUGUUUAUACCUUCUCGAUUGGAAAUGGGUUGUUGUGAAUACGGCACGAUUUAUACCUUCUCAAUUGGAAACGAAUUGUCAUGAAUACGACACCAUACUGGCCAAGUCGGUGCCCAGAGUCCGAAAUCUCCAAGGCGUGCCAUUUGAGGAGAGUAUAAAGGCUGAAUCGUCUCCCGCUUCAUUCAGCAACAGGUCUCUAAAGUGAGAAUAACCAUCGUAACCUUCAGCUUUUAUAUCACGGUAAUUUAACUACUGCUUCACAAUGAGGUCUCAAUUCGGUCAUGCUCUGUUGGGUCUUGGCAUUACGGCAAUCUCUACAGUCACCGCGUACGACAUCCUCCAAGAUGGCCCAUUCGCCCUUCAUGUUAAGGGUCAGGCUGAGAAUAGCUCAGUUGAUGGCUACCUUCACUUUGUAGACCUACCGGAUACCUUCCCCAUGGUGCCCCUUCAGUAUGAGCCCAUGUCAACUCCACCAGUCGGCAACGAAACUUACGAGUUCUACUUGAACUAUACCGCGUAUAUGGUAACGGACGAGCAAGUGAGGGGGUGGUUGGUUACGGACCUGACGCAUAUCAACCGCGAUCCACGCGCCGGCUUUGGCAAGGCGAUGUCUCUGCACUUUACUGCCGAUUCCAAUGUUGGGUUUGGUUUGUUGGGCGCAGGCUUUGCCUCGUUUCUUGGUUUUGACAGUAGCAACAAUAUUUCUCUCAGUAUUGAUUUCACGGACGCAGCGUUUGUCCCGAACGUGGAACCUACAAUACCCGAAGAACCUAUCAACGUCUAUAACUGGGCGGUCUGCUGGCAAUACGUCAAUAACAGAUACAUACCAGCGUUAUCAUGGAUCACACAUGGGCCAUCUCAUAAUCCGACUUGCGAACGUGUCGAUCUUAUAAGAGAGGCUUUUUAAAUGUCCCGGACAGGCAGCAUUACAUGCUUGGAGCGUGGUUAUAACCCAACUCGAAGCUUACACUGAGUCAGCCUUUGUAUGUAGAAGUGGAAUGGGCCAUGUCAUGUACCUUCAUAGCCAUCGCGCCAGAU